GGACGGUGGGAGGACCGCCGGCUGAUGAAAUCCGGCUCAGUCUUACAGAAGAAGAAGCCGAGCGAGCUGUGAUUGGUUUCCACGUUGUGCUUUCGUUUCUCUUGAGCUCGGCCAAACGGCACGCGGUUCACCUGUCGAGCCUGCUAGUGAAUGGUCUCUUCUCGCUUGUGAAAGCGUCUUUUCCCGGUGCAAAAUCUGAGCUGAAGUUGAAAGGUAGCCUUUAUCCAUCAUCAUCACCAUGUGUGGCAUAUGGGCCCUUUUCGGAAGUGAUGGAUGCCUCUCUGCCCAGUGUCUCUCUGCUAUGAAAAUAGCCCACCGAGGUCCAGAUGCUUUCCGGUUUGAAAAUGUCAAUGGCUUUACCAACUGUUGCUUUGGCUUCCAUCGUCUAGCAAUUGUUGAUCAGCUAUAUGGAAUGCAACCUAUAAGGGUGAAAAAAUUUCCCUACUUGUGGUUGUGUUACAAUGGAGAGAUCUACAACUUCAAACGGCUACAGAAACAGUUUGGAUUUGAGUACCAGACCUUAGUAGAUGGAGAGGUAAUUCUUCAUCUUUAUGACAAAGGAGGAAUAGAGGAAACUGCCUCCAUGCUCGAUGGUGUAUUUGCAUUUGUUUUGCUUGACAGCGCAAAUAGAAAGGUGUUUCUGGGGAGAGAUACAUAUGGAGUUAGACCAUUGUUUAGGGUCCUAACUGAUGAUGGCUUCCUGGGUGUUUGCUCUGAAGCAAAAGGUCUGAUCAACUUGAAACACAAUAUGUCCAGUGCUCUCAAAGUGGAACCUUUUCUUCCUGGACAUUAUGAAGUCUUGGACUUAAAGCUAAGUGGGAAAGUUGCAUCAGUGGAAGUGGUCAAAUUUCACAGCCCUAAAGAUGAACCUUUGCAUGCUGCCUACAGCACAGUACAAAAUUUGCCUUCAGGUGUUGAUGUUGAAACUGUGAAAAGCAACAUUCGACUUUUGUUUGAAAAUGCUGUUAGAAAACUAAUGUCUCAUAGAAGAAUUGGUUGUCUCUUAUCAGGUGGCUUGGAUUCUAGCUUGGUGGCUGCCAUACUUAUCAAGCUUACGAAAGAGCAAAAAUUUCCCUAUCUGCAAACAUUUUCUAUUGGGAUGGAAGAUAGCCCUGACGUACUGGCUGCAAGAAAGGUAGCAGCUCACAUUGGGAGUGAGCAUCAUGAGGUUAUGUUUAGUUCUCAAGAAGGGAUUCAGUCACUAGAAGAAGUAAUACUUUCCUUGGAAACAUAUGACAUCACAACAGUACGAGCGUCAGUGGCAAUGUAUCUGGUCUCCAGAUACAUCCGAAAGAAAACAGACAGUGUGGUCAUUUUCUCAGGAGAAGGAUCAGAUGAGUUGACCCAAGGCUAUAUCUAUUUUCAUAAGGCACCAACUGCUGAAGAAGCUGCUGAGGAAAGUGAGAGACUUCUUCGAGAGCUCUACCUGUUUGAUGUUCUCCGUGCUGAUAGGACAACUGCUGCCCAUGGUCUUGAACUAAGAGUUUCCAUUUUUGGAUCACCAGUUACUGCUUACUACCUUUCUUUGCCAGCAGAACUCAGAAUCCCAAAGAAUGAUGAAAAGCACCUCUUAAGGGAAGCCUUCGAAGAUUCUAACUUAUUGCCUAAAGAAAUACUUUGGAGGCCCAAAGAAGCUUUCAGUGAUGGCUUAGCGUCUAUCAAAAAAUCUUGGUUCUCUAUGCUACAAGACUAUAUUGAACUUCAGGUUGAUGACCUUUUGUUGGAGACUGAAGAGAAAUUUCCAUUCAAUCCUCAAACAAAAGAAGGAUAUUUUUACCGUCAGAUUUUUGAGAAACACUACCCCGGCCAUUCCACUUGGCUCCCGCAUUAUUGGAUGCCAAGAUGGAUCAGGGCUACUGAUCCAUCUGCUCGCACAUUGAAGCAUUACAAAUCAGCUACAAAAGAAUAGCUUAAUAUAUAUUGGAGGAAUAAUUUCUCCAAAGAGCUUAUUAAACAAGAUAAAUCUUGUUGCUCUAAAGGAACUUAAAAAGCAAUGUAUGAUUUGUUUGUUUUAAAAAAAGUAAAUGAAUGCAGUAGUUUAUUUAGAUAAAAGCGAAUGUAAUUGAUUAUUCCAACUAUGUCAGUAACAGGAAUGUCUCUUAGCCUUAAACUUCACUAUGCAACAACUAAUAUACUCCAGAAUGAAGUUUGGUAAAAUGAAAGCUAGGACUGUAAGUCUUUAUUCAGAUAGCUUAAUUGACUCUGACAUCAAAUGAUAUUUAGCAACCUAAGAAUUAGGAGAAUUAAUAGUGGUUUAAAUGCACUUUUCUGCAAUUAAUGAGCUCUAGGUUUUUUUUAAGUAGUAUGUUUGUAGUCUUAUAAAAAAAAUAAAAUAAUUUUCUGAGUUCAAAUGGUAAAUACUAGUUAUUUUACUGUGGGAAAGGAUAAUUAACUAGUUUUUGUAAGUUUAACACUCUUAACUAUUAUAUACAGCUGUGUAUAUCUGGGAAAUCUGGAUUCUUUCAGCGCCUUAGAGUGAUUGCCAUUUUCUAUCUGCAUCAUCCUGUGAUCAGACCUCAACAACUCACCAUUCAUAGUUUUUAAUCACAUUACAAAUCAUGAUGCAGUCAAUUAUCAUCACUGUUUAAAACUGCAGUAGAGUUUUCAUAUAUUUUUCUUAAAGGAUCCAAAUAUAUAAUUUGGCAAUCAGCAGAAUCCCUUAUACACAACUAAUGCAAUUAAGAAUUAAAUCUUCCUUUUCAGUAAAGCCUGUAGAAUUAAUUAUUCUAAAUGAGAGGGCUGUUGAAAGAAAAUUCAUGUAGAAAAUAUAUUUUCUAAUUCAGCAGGAGAUUAUUUAAUAAGUUAAAAUAGUCUUAUAUAUAACAUCAUAUGGCAUUAAAAGAUUCAUGUUCUAAAAGUUAAUACUUGAAUAAAUACCUGGAUUUGUUGAUA